AGUGAUUUGGAUUUUUUUUCUCUCUUGAAUUUUGCAACCAUUGCCAACCCGACUGGCUGCAUCAGAAAUAUCCGAGCGAGGGGCGCUACAACUAAAUGUGCAAUAUGAGUCCGUUAUUCUGACCAAGUGCCUUGCAUGGUCAGACGUAUACACUAAGGGCACGGUGGUUUACGUCCGGAUGCAAAGGAGGUUUUGUGAUAUGCAUGGAAUUUAAACGAUAUCUAUUUUAAACCAGCUACUGUUGGGACUGGUGUCUUUCGACGGAAUUGUGAUUUAUUGGAUUUACCGUUUGCACCGACCCCUGCUUUCUGAGUGUUGAACAGGACAAUAGAACUCAUGCUCGUAUUGCAGACGAUUCUGAACGACUGUCACUCACAUGAAGUGUUCAAACACCGACGGAGCUCCUAGGGGAUGUGUGGACUGGCCGGCCUCCACAGCAGACAGGAUUCAGAUCAGGCGGAAGAAAGGAAAAUGCCAUUAAGGAUCUCUUAACUGUUGCAUGAGAGGAGGCUCCCGAAAAGUUGCCACCAGGGUCGUGCGGGACUGCGUUUUUCGGUCUUGUUUUUGGUUCCCAUUCACAGGAGGAGGGUCUUCAGACGCGCGCCUCACAGCCCAAGUCCUGCGUUUCCCCGCCGGCCAUGGCGGACCGGAGUGGCCGUACCAUGGAGGACCGCUCUGGGGACAUUUCCCAUGAAGCAGAAGAAGCCACAUGAGGUAGUCGAAGGCCCACGCCACCGUACCACCUCCUCCCGCUGAACCCGGAGAAACCUGAAGAAACCAGACCUCUACCGGGGAGGGGAACAGACCCACGGAGAGGAUAACCCAGAGUGGGAACUCUGAAGGGAAGAGUUCACCAUCGCCUUCUUUCCCCUACCGUCCCCGUAGCGGUGGGGGAAGAAUCGGAAACCAUUCCCGAGCAAGAAACGGCCGAUAACUAGGGACUUUGAUUAUCCCCGGGUGGAUCCACAGCAAGUUUUAAUUCGUCAAAAAUAUGGCCGAUAAUGUCUUGGAGUCCGGCCCGCCUUCAGCCAAGAGGCCCAAGCUGUCCUCCCCAGCUCUCUCGGUGUCCGCCAGUGAUGGAAAUGAUUUCGGCUCCCUCUUCGACCUGGAGCACGACCUCCCCGACGAGCUCAUCAACUCCUCGGAGCUGGGACUGGCCAACGGGGGGGACCUCAACCAGAUCCACACCAGCCUGGGGGGGCUGGGGGCCGGGAUGGGCAUGGGCAUGGGGGGCAGCGGCGGGCAGGACGCCGCCGCCAAACACAAGCAGCUGUCGGAGCUCCUCCGGGCCGGGGCCCAGCCCCAGCAGGGGGCCCCCAGCAACGGCGGCGCCUCCAUGGCCCUCAUGGGGGGCAUGAACGCCACGGCGGCUGGCCCCCAGGGCGUGGGACCUCAGGGGGGGCAGGCCGGCCUGAUGCAGCAGCAGGCCGCGCUGGCCGGGGGCGUGUCCGGGAUGAACCGGGCGGCCAUGAUGAACGCCCACAAGGCCAACGGACAGCAGCAGCAUCAGGGCCUGAUGGGGGGGCAGAUGAUGAACGGCUCGCCCAGGAUGGGGUACCCCGGCAACGGGGGCAUGAGCAGCGGCGGUAACCUGCUGGCCGAGACCCUGCAGGGGCAGACGGGAGGGCAGCAGAUGGGCCCCGGCGGCCCCACCGGGAUCCGACCCCAGCAGCCCGGAGCGCUGAACAAGAUGAAUAUGAUGGCCAACGCGGUCCCCUAUGGCGGCCCGUACGGCCAGCAGCCGGCUGGGGGGCUCCCAGGGGCAGGGCUCCAGAACAAGGCCGGCAUGCCCAACAGCCUGGCCGCCCAGUUCAGCAUGGACAAGAAGACGUCGCCAGGGCAGGGCAUGUCCGGGAUGCCCUCCCAGUCGCCCGGAGGCGUGCCAGUGGGCGGGGCGGCGGCGGCGGCCGGCGUGGCGGGCGGGUCCCCGGUGGGCCUGGGCGUGGUGGGGGCGGGGCCCGGUGCCACGCCCCCCACGGCGGACCCCGAGAAGCGCAAGCUGAUCCAGCAGCAGCUGGUCCUGCUCCUCCACGCCCACAAGUGCCAGCGGCGGGAGCAGGCCAACGGGGAGGUGCGGCAGUGCAACCUGCCCCACUGCCGCACCAUGAAGAACGUGCUGAACCACAUGACCCACUGCCAGGCCGGCAAGUCCUGCCAGGUGGCACACUGUGCCUCGUCGCGACAGAUCAUCUCUCACUGGAAGAACUGCACGCGGCACGACUGUCCGGUCUGCCUGCCGCUGAAGAACGCCGGAGACAAGAGGAACCAGCAGUCCCUCCUCAGCAGCGCGGGGGUGGGCCUGGUCAACGCGCUGGGCCCCCCGGUGCCCGGGGGCCCCCCCAACGCGGCCAGCAUCAACCCCUCCAGCCAGAUCGACCCCAGCUCCAUCGAGAGGGCCUACGCCGCGCUGGGACUCACCUACCAGGGGAACCAGCUGCCCCCCCAGGGGCCCCAGGGGCCCGGCCAGGCCAUGGGGGGCCAGCCCGGCAUGAGGGCCCUCAACUCCAUGGGAGGUAAUCCCAUGGGUGUGAACGGCGGAGGCGGGCUGUCGUCCAAUCAGCAGUCGAGCCUGCUGCCUGACGCCAUGCUGCACAACAACCUGAACGCUCAGAGCCUGAUGAACGACUCCAUGGCCAGCAUGGGCUCCAUGCCCACGGCCACGCCCCCCUCUGCGCCGGGCAUGAGGAAGUCGUGGCACGAGGACAUCACCCAGGACCUCAGGAACCACCUGGUGCACAAGCUGGUGCAGGCCAUCUUCCCCACCCCGGACCCGGCCGCGCUGAAGGACCGGCGGAUGGAGAACCUGGUGGCAUACGCCCGCAAGGUGGAGGGGGACAUGUACGAGUCGGCCAACAGCCGGGCGGAGUACUACCACCUGCUGGCGGAGAAGAUCUACAAGAUCCAGAAGGAGCUGGAGGAGAAGAGGAGGACCCGCCUCCAGAAGCAGGGCAUGAUGCCCUCCCAGGCCGGCAUGCCCCCCUCCGGCCUGCCACAGGGCGGACCCCCUGGGAUGGGCGGACCCCCUGGGAUGGGCGGACCCCCUGGGAUGGGCGGACCCCCAGGGAUGGGUGGACCCGCUGGGAUGGGCGGACCCCCAGGGAUGGGCGGACCCCCUGGGAUGGGCGGACCCCCUGGGAUGGGCCAGCCGGCCAUGGGCCCCGGCCAGUCGCCCAACGGCCCCCAUGCCGACCCCUCCAUGGUGCGACCCCCCGGGCCCGGGCAGAUGGUCAGCAGGAUGCAGAACCCAGCAGGGAUGAACCAGUUCGGUCAGAUGGGAAUGCAGUCCAUGGGUCAGAGGUCGCCCCUUCCGUCCGGACCAGCCAUGAACCAGAUGGGCAUGGGCCCCAGCAGGAUGGGGCAGCCCAGCGCAGCCCAGCUCCAGAACCAGUACCACCCCCCAGGACAGUUCCCCGGGCCCAUGAACCAGACGGGGGCGCAGGGCGGCAUGGCGCAGGCCCAGAUGUCCACGCCGGCCCCCCUCCCAGGCGGCAGCCCCCUCUCUCAGUCGGCCUCCAACGCCUCGGCCCCCGGGGGCCCGGGCAGCGUUGGGCCCCUGCCCUCGGCCCCCGGCGCCCACCCCCACUGCCCCCCCAUGCGGACCAGCUCCCCCUCGCCGGCCCGCAGCCUGACGCCGCAGCCGCACCAGACCCCGCCCACGCUGCCGGGCGCGCAGACCCCCCAGCCGCACACGCCCAGCGCCGCGCAGCUCCCCCCCUCACAACAACAACAGCAACAGCAACAGCAACAGCUCCACCAACAGCAGAUGCAGCAGCAACAUCAACAGCAGCAGAUGCAACAUCAACAACAACAGAAUCAACAACAACAGCAGCAGCACCAACUUCAACAACAGCACCAACAUCAACAACAGCAGCAGCUUCAACAACAACAACAACAGCUCCAUCAACAACAGCAAAUGCAGCAACAUCAACAGCAGAUGCAGCAGCAGCAGCAACAACAGAAUCAACAACAACAGAAUCAACAACAACAGAAUCAACAACAACAUAAUCAACAACAGCAGCAGCAGCAACAACAAAUGCAGCAGCAGCAGAAUCAACAACAACAACAACAACAGCAUCAACAACAACAGAAUCAACAGCAGCAGACCCAGCAGACCCAGCCCCCCCCACCACAGCCCCCCGCCCCGCAGCAGAACCACCAGCAGCAGGCGGGGCCCCCGGGCGGGGGCUCUGAGAAGGCCAAUCAGCUGCAGCCUCCCCAGGGGCCCGGGAGCGCCUCGUCCAAGUCGGGCCAAGCCCCGCCCCCGGCCAACCAGAACGCCCACAUGACCCCGCCCCCGCCGCCACGCAGCCCGCUGUCCCAGAAGUCGUCCCUGAUGGCGGACGGCCCCGCCUCCACGCCGCCCUCGGUGAGCAGUGGCGCCGACCCCGCCUCCCAGGCGCCGGCGGCCGACAGCGUGGCCUCGGGCGCCGCCGACGUCAAGAUGGAGGUGAAGAAGCAGGAGGACGAGGAUGAGGAGGAGGAGGAGGAGGAGGCGGACCCGGCGGGAGACGGCGACGCCUCGGGGAAAAAGGGCAAAGGUCAGGCGGACGUCAAGGAGGAGGAGAAGCCCGAGAUCAAGAAGGAGAAGACGUCGGGGGACGGCUGCAAAGCCGAGCCCAUGGAUACCUCAUCGUCCACGGCAACCGCCGCCGCCGCCCCCUCAGCGACCGCCACCAACGGCGAGGACAAGAAGCCGGAGGUGAAGAAGGAGCCCAAGGAGGAGGAGGAGGAGGGCGAGGCCGGAUCCCCCGCCAGCGCGGAGAGCAAGAGGAAGGUCUUUAAGCCUGAGGAGCUGCGUCAGGCCCUGAUGCCCACCCUGGAGGCGUUGUACCGGCAGGACCCCGAGUCCUUGCCGUUCCGCCAGCCGGUGGACCCCCAGUUACUGGGAAUACCCCAGGACUACUUUGACAUCGUGAAGACCCCCAUGGACCUGUCCACCAUCAAGCGCAAGCUGGACACGGGCCAGUACCAGGAGCCCUGGCAGUAUGUGGACGACGUGU